CUCUUCGUUUACUGAAUUCCAACAAUUCGCCGUUUUCUGGUCGUGUUGAAGUGCUUUACAGAGGUACAUGGGGAACCAUUUGCGGCCACUAUUGGGACUUGCAAGAUGCUGAUGUUGUUUGUCGCCAGCUUGGUUAUGAUGGAGCCAUAUCAGCGCCUAAAAAUGCAGUAUUUGGACAAGGAAUUGGUCCGAUAUGGCUUGAUAACGUCCAAUGUGUGGGGAAUGAGACAUCCAUAACACAGUGCAAUCACAGAGGAUGGGGAGUUGAAAACUGUAGGCAUAAUCAAGACGCCGGUGUGGUGUGCCGACCAUCAGACGAAAGUCGAGCUCAAGCAUUGCAGUGUCCUAGCUUAGUAACUGAAGGAAGUAGCGUACAUCUUCAGUGUAUUGCUAUUGGUAAUCCUCCUCCGAAUAUUACAUGGAUAUGGAAAGGUACAGGAGAUGUUCUUGGCGGCAAUGAGCAGCUUAUUUUGUUCGAUGUUCAUCGCAACCAAGCGGGGACUUAUCAGUGCCAUGCAUGGAAUGGAAUAGGAAAUGGUUCCAUAAGUACCUGUCGCUUGGAUGUAUUGC